AUGCAAGUUUUUAUUAAAACUCUAAACGGAGAAACAAUUGCUCUUGAUGUCGAAUCAUUUCAUAGCAUUGAAGAUGUUAAAAAAGAGAUUUACAAUAGAGGAUACAUUCCCUCUGAUCAACAACGUCUCAUUUUUUCUGGCAGACAAUUGAAAGACGUCCACACCUUAUCUGACUACGCAAUCUCAAAGGGAUCAACUUUGCAUCUUAAUGCAAGACUUUGCGGUGGUUAUAGCACGCCUACUUUUGUUAAUAACUUUCAAGAUUUAACCAAAUCUAAGGUGGUUAAACCAUGGAGUAAUGAUGCUCAGCCUUGGAGGAUUGCGGUAGGCGGUCUUAAUCUUGAAG